AUGAUGAAGGCUGAAUGUGAGACGGCACCAAAGAAAAUAAACUCGAAUUAUGCUACAAUUAUAUCGAUGAUGUACGGCAACGAUGACAGAGGCAAUGAGGAAGAUGCCUUCAAUGAUGACCCCAUGGCUAAAGAGAAUUUCCUUAGCAUCGUAACGCAAAGCAGCAACUCAACGCCACGCAUCGACAAUAGGCCAAAGCAUAGCAGCAUCGUCAUGGCUAAUACGAUUUUCAAAUAUCAUCAGCAUUCGCAACAGCAUCAACAUCAGCACAAUCCCAAUUAUCCGUAUCAUCAGGGCCAUGGCAGCGGGAACAGUAGCAGCAUCAGCGGUGGCAUUGCCACCAUUGAUGGCAACAACAGCAACCACAAUCAAAACAAUAGCAAUCAAAAUUCAAUAUUCGUUUUAAAUGCCGAAGCGAAAAUUUCGCCAAAUAGUUGUAGGAAAUUCUAUUUAGAUUUUAACGAUAACCCAAUGGACUCAUCUGCAACGCUAACCCAACAAUCAACAGCCGCCUCGGCCACAGCUGGUAAUGGGGUCAAUAGUAAUUUUUCCUCAUUUCCCUCGGCGUCAUCGGUAUGGUCUUCGGCAUCGUCCACAAUGUGUUCACCUGCUGCUCAUGCCAUACAGAAGCUGUUCAAUUGCAGCAGUGGCGGCGGUGGGGGUGGUGGUGUUGUUGGUGCUGCUGGCUCCGCAACGAAACAUUAUGGAAAUUUAAGCUCUGGAAUUGAUUCAAAGUCAUCGGCAUUAACAUCAUCGUCAUCGUUUAAGUCUUCCAAAUCGGAAUUACUGAAGAAGAAAUCAAAGUUCUGGCAAUAUCUGGAGGGUGAGACGCAGUCGACGACAACGAGCUAUGAGGGAAUUGACAGCAGCAAAAAGGGUAAAGGCAAAAGCCGGAAACAUAAAUCAAAAUAUUGGCCUAAAUCCAAUGCAAACGACGAUGAUGAUAAUCAAAACAGUCAUAACGACUUAUCCGAGUUACUGGAGUACUCGUGUAGUCUGUGCGAUAACUGUCGUUGUAUGGACUGUCAGAUUGGCUAUUUUGACUGUGACAACUCGGAUGACAGCAACUCGGAGUAUUCGUUUCACAUGAAUGCCUACGAGGAGGACGAUGACGACGACAUCGAAAGGGGUAUGGAAUUGAAGGCAACCAUAACAACAGCGGCAAGGGCCCAACUAACAUCCGCAGCAUCAACGCCGCCCAGUGAUGAUUCGGGCGAAGCCGUGGAGGAGGAUGCCGAGAAGCAGCAUGCAUUAGCUUGCAAUAAAAUCGACAAUAAAAAUGCCAUCCAACAAUUAGAAUUUGAGAGCUCCAGUCGUCGCAGUGGCGGAAGUCAUGCCACGACCAAGCAUGAAAUGGCUGAAUGCUGUCAUCAAUGCUAUGGCCUGGAGGUGGAACAGCAUUGCCUGGAUUUUCAUCAACUCUAUAACAGUAGUGAAUGUUGCGGUAGUGGCGGCGGUGGCGUUGCUGGUGCCACCAGCCAUAGGAAGCACUAG